CAUUGCUUAGCAACCUUUGACACUUGCUUUACUAUACUUGCAUUUCUGAAGUCGCAAGAGAAAAUUGGCAUUUUCUCAAACGCCCGUAAUAAUAAUCUGCGGCGGCAUGUAUAGCGGCGAUCAAUGGGAAAUAGCACAAAGAGAGAACUCAGCAUCGCCCAUGCCUUCCAGAAAUCAACUAUUAUCUAAUCACCCUGCGCCUACUCAACCUAUGAAAAAUAGUACCAAGCAAGCGGAUUCAGCCAUUCAAACACCUCAGCCUGAUGCCAAUUACCAGUACGAAACAGCUGCUGCUUACUUGUUGGAACUGAGUGGAAAAAACAAUUUGAGAAACAAUGCAGAAAUUGACGCUAUCACGGCACAGGAUGGUAUGAACGACCAAACAAACCACUAUGCGCGUCAGGUUUCUUUCAGCGACAAGAAAAACCUUUACAAUAAUAAUGACGAUCAAUCAAUCGGAUCUGCUACUGCAAGUGAGCGAACAGCUGCAUCAUAUGGCCAAUCUUCUGUAGAUGAUGAUAAAUCUCCAAACCACCAUGAGCACAGUACACCAGGAGCACCUUUAAAUAAUGGAAAGCACGCACGCAGUCGCUCUAAAGAUUUUGUUGAAGCUUAUAGACGACAGCGUAAUCAACUGGCUCCAGCUGUCAUUCAUAUACCACGACGACAUCACCCAGAAACGAGUGGCAAUUCGCAUGGGUACAACAGUUUGAGGAACCGAGGAGCGUCGUAUGAUGGAGAAGCCCAAACUGUGAGUAGUCUGUUAUCUGCAGGACACAAAAUGCCUCCUCCUGGAUAUAAUCCAGAAGCUCGCUAUCUUCGUGCCAUUCGACAAGUUCCACAGUCAAUGGGUAUCAACGCUAUCAAUAGACCGCAAUCAGUUGAGAUUGAUCAAUAUGAGACUGAAGAUUCCGAAGAAGAUUCCGAUGAGGUCGACGAUAUAGAUCACUUUUUGAAUGACUCCCAGAAAAAACCAGAUGAUGACCCGUGGCUGAAAAAAUGGAAAUACGACGACCCUGAAGUAUGCUGCAUAUGUUUAGGCGAAGGGGCUGAACAGCGUAAUGCGUUUGUGUAUUGCGAUAACCCACAAUGUGAAGUCAUUGUUCAUCAAGAAUGCUAUGGUAUCAAGAAACUUCCUGGACCAAAUGAUGUUUGGUUAUGUGACCGAUGUAAAGAACAAAACGAGAACCCUGCAGCAGUAGUGAGCUGUGCAGUAUGCCCUAGUCCUCAUGGAGCGUUUCGGCGACUUGACAAAGUUCAUCAAUAUCCUGGCUGGAUUCACGUCGUCUGUGGUACGUGGAUGCCUAAUGUACAGAUCUCGGAUGCAAAUGCGGUCAUCGGCUUUGAUAUAAGAGAAAUUCCAGAGAAGAGCUGGAACUACAAAUGUUUCCUAUGUCCAGAUCCAGUGUCAGCAAGUCACGGUGCUUGCGUACGAUGUGAUGCUCAUGGGUGCAAAAAGACAUUUCACAUUUCUUGCGCUCAAAAAUUCUCACUCUUGGAAGAAGCAGAAGAGUCGGAAAAACUGGCCGAUCCCUAUUUCACCUACUGCUUGGACCAUAGUUCCUAUAAUCAAGGUGAACCCAAGUUAAAUAAUUGGGAGAAAUGGGUUCGACAACGAGAUCGAUAUUUGGUAUUGAAGAAUGAAGAAUCCGCUGAGCAGCGCUCCGCAGCACUUUGGAAUCGAGCACAAUCCAUUACUAAAGGAAACGAUCAUGCUACCUCAGAACUGAUUCGAGCUGGAUUUGGAUUUCGUGAAUUAGCUUCUGAUCGAUACUCAUUUUUUGCCAAAGAAAUGGCCGAUACUAUCUCAUCUUCCCAAAGCACUGUGUUUCAGCUCGAAGCCGAAAAUUUUCAACUAGAAGAAGCUAUAUCCAAGAUGGACUCUAAUUUGAAAGAUACCUCACAUAAGAUCAAGCGUGCUGAAAAACGGAAGGUUGAAUUACAGAAAGAAAUCAACAAAGUUAAAUCUCUUCUAGCUAAAGAGGAACUGGCAGAAAAGAAUCGACUAGAACUCGAACGAAUGGAGGACGCUAGGUUGAAGAAAACCGUUAGAGUCGAAAAACGAAAAGCUGAACUUCAGAAAGAACUCUCAAAGGUUACAGCUGAAAUUGCUCAAGAAGACCGUGGCCGUAAACGAAAGCUUUCGCAACCUAAUGAUUUGAGCCAUACUUCGACAAAACGUUACCGAGAGACAUCUCAUUCCUCUUCGGCAUUACCUGACCACGAGUUCACAGGCUCAAGUUCUCCAGUAUCUACACGAAGCAAACCAGCUACUACUUUCUCAUUCCCACCUAUCAUAAGCUCUUUGUUCGGUCAGUACAAUCACAAUUCAGCUGAUGCUGAACAGGAUGAACUUAACAGCCCAACUUCAGCAUCUCCAAACACCACUCCUAGCCCAACGUCUGGUGGUGCGAUAGAAUCGCUGCCUGACAAUCCUACAAAUGAGCAAUCUAGCUCACUUGAACCAACGAUGCCAUCCAUAGCACACAAGUCUAUCAGUCCUGAAGCCGAUACCACCAGUCUUCACAACCAUAAUGUACAUAAUCGACUGAGUCGUGUAACGGGCGGAUCUGGUCAUGUUAGUGGACUGGAAAAUCAUGGUAACAACUCUGAUGCACACAAGCACUCUGAUCACGUCGAAACUACUAGAGCACUUAGUGCUUCAUCGUCGCCACCAAGAAGGCUAUCGUCGGAGCAAGAUAAUGCCGAUCGCGAAGAAGUAGUAGAGAAAGCUGCUAAGGCUGCCAUCGUCAAUGGAAAAAUGCUAUUGAGGAAGGCUCAAAUGACACAUAGCAAGUCGAAAUUUCAAAACAACGAAUCAUACGGCAAGGAGGGCAAGCCUGAGCGUGUGUUGGGCUUAGUCGAAACUCUGAACUCCGUGCUGGGAUCACCAGUAGAGGCGGGCGAAACGAUUACGGGAGAUUCUGAGUUGCUAGAAACCACAGCGGACGAAGAGUUAGUAGAGACCGACCUUGGCGAUUCAACGGAGAUCAAUACCGAUAUCAUCGAGACAGAAAUGCUCUCGAAUGGUCGAAGGUUAGAAACGACACCGACUCCUCCACAUUUAGACCAGUCGAUAACACGAUCCAAGUCAACCGAAAAACGACAAUCAGAUGCAUCACCGCCCAUUUUGUGGCCACCAAACAUUGGUCCUGGAGAUGAGAGAUUUAGUACCGAUGUCGGCAGUGCGUCUUUAGGCGAACCAUCCUUGUCAGGAGUCGAAGCAGCAGCUGAAACAUACGAAAAGUAUCGAACCUUUGUGAGGGUAUCCCCUUUCGAUCCAGAACAGCAAGUAGAAAUAUCCUUACAAUAUACCCCGUGGCUCAGCAAGUACUUACGUACUGACAAUGCCGAUGCCUACGAUAGCGAUGGAAAUGAUAUCGUUACUGAGUACAUCCCGGUUUUUGAUGGUGAAGAAAAUAUUGUACCAAGCGUCCAGCAUGAUGAUACUAAGAACGGCGAAAAUAAAACAACAGCUGGAAAGCGCAAAAGAACAAGCCACAAACAGCCAUCUGUCGAACCUGCUUUGCCCUCUCGGUCAGCUUCGCAAAAUCAUCGAACCGUCCAAGUACAGGAAACGCCGAUGACGACAAGGUCGUUGUCACCGCGAAGGUCAACAAUGAUCAGAGUACCGCUUGUUAACCAACCCAUUAGGCCACGAAUUGAUGCAGCCGAGCACGAUAAGGAACAUCCUCGUACCCGAUCUGCCAGCCCCCUAAUGCCGAGACGUCCGAUACCGCGUUUAAUGCCACGACCAUCAUCUUCUACGUCGAGUACCAAUAAGAUCAAUCUGCGAACACAGUACGAACAAAACACUAAGGAAGCCAGUCUUUCAGUAAGAAGUGAAGCAGCGAGUAAUAACAAGAAGACAGUCAAUGGUCAAAAAGAGGUUCCAAAGCUCGAUAAGCAAAAAGGCAUCCACGCACCCAUUAAAAGGGCAGCUUCCGAUCCUAAAAGCUCGGCCACUCCUCCUCCUCCCAGUCAUCCAGAAGCAGCUUUGCCGCCUAAGCAAAGAAAGGGCAGAUCAUUGGCCAAAAAGGCAACCACACUGCCUGCAGAUGAUGUUUGUGCAGAAUGUGGCAAAAAGGAAAUCUCAUUGAAAAUUGCCAGUGAGCUUGGUGUUUCCGCUGCAAAUAUGCGCCACCUAAUAAGUAUACGACCUACUAAAAAGCCCGGUCAUACUGGUCAAGGCAAAGACUGGGAUCCAGGUGUCUUGGUUCAAUGUGAGACGUGUCGUAACAACUAUCACUGCGGAUGUACUGAUCCACCUAUUCGCAACUAUCCAGAGCGAGGCGUGCAGUUCCGAUGUAUAGAGUGUGAUGUAGUUAAGAUCAUCUACCCUGAAGUUGAAGAAGUUCGACAAAUGAAUCGAGCACAACUCAAAACCGACAAGAAGUCUCUUCGAGAAAGAAAGCGUAUUAAUUACCAUGAAUGAUCCCUCCCCAACCCUUCUAUAAUAUUUUCUCCAGUUUUUUUCUCAUACAUAGUUUUAUUCGUGCAUCUACUAUUUUUUUUUCUUUCUUUCUUUUUGGC